AUGGAGCCAUUUACUCUAUUGAAUUUCAGAAAAGGGGGUUGCCGCAAUGCCCAUAUACUAUUAUUUCUGGAAAAGAAGGAUAAACCAGAAACUCCGUCCGAUAUAAACAGAAUUGUCACCGCUGAAAUACCUGACAAGGAGAAGGAUCCUGAUGGUUGUCAAGCUGUUGUGAACUACAUGUUGCAUGGACCAUGUGGAGUAUUAAAAGAGGUUUCACCAUGCAUGAAAGACAAAAUGUGUUCAAAACAAUACCCAAAAGAGUUCAGUCGCGAUACUAAUAUUGACAAAUAUGGGUAUCCAAUUUACAGAAGACGCGAUAAAGGUAGGACUGCAGUUAAGGAUGGUAUCGAGUUGGAUAAUACAUGGGUGGUGCCUCACAACAUAGACUUGAUCGUGCAGUUUGAUGCACACAUAAAUGUGGAGGUGUGUAAUUCAAUAGGGGCAUUAGUUAAGUACUUAUUCAAGUACAUUAAAAAGGGUAAAGAUCGGGUGACAAUUGUAAUCGAGAAAGAUCCAGAACGCAGCGAAGAUUCCGGGGAAGAAGAGUACCGUGAUCCAUCCGUUGAGCGUCUUCCUUACCAUUUGGAAGGUGAACACCAAGUAAUAUUUCGUGAUACAGAUGUUUUAGAAGAUGUCUUAGACAACCCAAGUGCGAAAUGCACAAAAUUUUUGGAAUGGUUUGAAGCAAAUAAGAAGUAUCAAGAGGCAAGGGAUAUAACUUAUGCAGAUUUUCCAUCUGAAUUUGUUUGGGACAACACUAUUAAAGAAUGGCGACCAAGGAUAAGAGGGAAUGCUGUGGGCAGCUACGAGGAACUCAAAAUUGUUGGUGGGACUACUCAUGCUACUUUCCGAGACACAUGCGUGGCUCUUGGAUUGCUCUCAUAUGACAGUGAAUGGCAUCUCAGACUAAUAAAAGCAUCGACAUAUAGCACGAGAAACUUGCUGCGCCAAAUGUUUGUUGCAAUGUUAAUUUUUUGUGAGGUAACUGAUCCAAAAAGAUUAUGGGAAGAAAACUGGAGUUUGUUAUCUGAAGGCAUGGAGAAACAAGAGAGAAAUAAAAGACGCAAUUUACAUAUGGAUCUUGAUGAAGCCGAGUUGAAAAAUCUAACCCUAAUUGACAUCGAAGAGAUAAUGGGGAGAAAUAGCAGAACUCUUAAGGAUUUUCCAUCGAUUCCUUUCCCAAACAAAGAAAAACAAUAUGAUUACAAAAAUAAAUUAAUAGAUGAGGAACUAGCUUAUGAUACAGAAAAACUACGGAAUGAGCAUAUUAGACUGAAGAAUGGUUUGAAUACGGUUCAGCGAGAAAUAUUUGAUGUUGUUAGCCAGUCAAUUAAAAAAGGGGACGGUGGAUUAUUCUUUGUUUAUGGGAGCGGUGGUACUGGAAAAACUUAUCUUUGGAACACCAUAAUAACCGGCUUGCGUGCAAAAUCCAAAGUUGUCCUGGCUUUUGCAUCAUCGGGUAUAGCAUCACUGUUGCUUCCCGGGGGAGGACUGCCCAUUCUCGGUUCAAGAUACCAAUAA